UUUCAGCAUUCGCUCGAUGCCAAGACAAUCAGAUUAAACGCAGUUCGCUUUGAAGCUUCUGGCUCGUAUAGCUGCUCGGUUACUUCGUCUUCCCCAAUUUAUGCUGCAACUUCUAAUGCUGUCAAUUUACAAGUUAUAGUACCUCAGUCAGAUAAUCCGCACAUAACUUUCAAGAAGGAUGUUUAUACUGUGGGGGAAGUCCUUGAAGCAAAUUGUACCUCAUCUCCUGCAUAUCCUGUUCCUCAUUUGACAUGGCUCAUCAACGGUAUUGAGGUAAUUGAGACACUUGUCACAUCUUACCCAUACCGUCAGCACAAAAAAAACUUGAUGUCAGCAACUUCGAAAUUAGCAAUUGAAGUAUCAGCUCUUCAUGUUGGAAAAAAUGGACGUUUAGAAAUUAGUUGUCGAGCGACAAUACCAAAUACUUACUUAAUUCAUCAGAAAGACUACGCUGACAUCAGAACAAAGACUGUAACAGUGGAAAUAAUUUUAGCGCCUGCUCCAACUUCAUUGGCUGAUCUUCCACGUGGAUUCACACCAAUUGCUCUGGGAUAUAUUCUAUGUGUGAUACACAAAAUCUUACCUUAAUAAUCAAGUCAAUUGCUACAGAGUAUACUACUAAUAAAUAUGAAAAUAAAAUAAAUUAUGUAAAAUACGUAAAUAAUAUAUGUAACAGAUGAAGAAUAUAUAUAUAUAUAUAUCUAUAUAUAUGUAUA